GUGGUGAUGUGGUGGUAAAAACAUCUGCAAGGUAUUAUGUGCCUGAGCCCAGUUAGGGCCUCUUGAUAAGCUUUUUAAGACGUGGAGGGCAGCCACAGGGAUCCAUUCGUCUUGCUGCUGUCCAAGACGAGCCUCAUAUGUAAGUUCCCUUUGCUGUUUUGUUAAAACUGCCACCUAGCAACCUGGAGUGGCUGCCUCGGUCUUUGGUCUCUCCCCGCCCUCUGUGCAUGGGGGCCGGUUUCAGAGCACGCCAGGAGAGCUCCCUAACCUGCACCAUUCCAACCAUGUUGCUCAGUCAUCUCUUUCAAAGCCCCCUGCUUCUCAUUUGGGGGACUGCUUCCACGUUUAUACUGCACGAGGAGUACAAAGGCCACGACACAAAGACAGGCGUAGAGUGCUGAGGGGGUGUCUGUGAGUUUGAGGGAGUGAUGAUAUUUACUUGAUCGAGUCAGCAGGUCUGCUGGGGGCAUGAGGCACUGGCUUGCCAGGGGAGAUGUUCACCACGGCCUUUCUCCUUCACCCGACCUUCAUGUCCCCAGUGGCCCAGACUGCUCAGCCCCUCCCACGCCAUCACCUCUGCCCUGAGGCAGGGUCCGCCUUGCUGAGAGGCUGGACCUGAGCCACCAGUUGGAGGAACGUACUCCUGCCGGGCAGUGACUGCCGUCAUGGCCCUGCCGCUGCUCUGUCGCCUGUGCCUCCAAGCCCGCCGGCCACGUGGCAUUCCUGGGCUCGCUCUGCUGCCGCUGCUGGUGCUGCCACUCUGGGCAGGGGCCCGCUGCCCUUGCCAGGAUCCAGCGUUGUGCCAACCCAUCCGCCACCACCCUGACUUCGAGGUCUUUGUGUUUGAUGUUGGAUAUAAAACUUGGAAAUUUUAUGACUGGUCACAGAUUACAACUGUGGUAAUUUUUGGAAAAUAUGAUCCAGAACUUAUGUGCUAUGCUCAUUCACACGGAGCCAGAGUAGUGCUAAAAGGAGAUAUACCCUUAAAAGAUAUAAUUGAUCCUACUUUCAGAGCAUCCUGGAUAGCUCAAAAAGUUAAGUUGGCCAAAGCACAAUAUAUGGACGGAAUGAAUAUAGACAUAGAGCAAGAAGCUAAUUGUUUUUCACCUGAAUAUUAUGCAUUAACUGCUUUAGUCAAAGAAGCCACAGACUCUUUCCAUCGUGAAAUUAAGGGAUCACAGGUAACCUUUGAUGUAACUUGGUCUCCAAAGUGCAAAGACAGGUGCUAUAAUUACACUGGAAUUGCAGAUGCUUGUGACUUUCUCUUUGUGAUGUCUUAUGAUGAACAAAGUCCGGCCUUGUCAGAAUGUAUUGCAGCAGCCAAUGCUCCCUAUAAGGAGACAUUAACUGGGUAUGAUGACUACAUCAAGAUCGGCAUUAACCCUGAGAAACUUGUAAUGGGUAUCCCCUGGUAUGGUUAUGACUAUACCUGUCUAAAGCUAUUGGAGGAUCGUGUUUGUACCAUUCCAAAAGUCCCUUCCUGGAGGGCCUCUUGUGGUAUUGCUUCAGGACAGCAGGUGCCCUAUAAAAUAAUUAUGAAGCACGUAAAUAGUUCUAUUUCUGGAAGCCACUGGGAUAAAAAUCAGCAGGCCUCUUACUAUAACUAUAAAGAUUCUUCUGGCCAUCUGCAUCAAGUGUGGUAUGAUAACCCUCAGAGCAUUUCUUUAAAGGCAGCAUACAUACAAAAGCAUGGCUUACGAGGCAUUGGCAUGUGGCACGCAAAUUGUCUUGACUACUCUGGAGAUGCUGUAGCCAAACAGCAAACCGAAGAAAUGUGGAAAGUCUUAAACCCAAAGCUGUGACAGAUGAGCAUCUUUUGUCAAACUAAGAUUUAGAAAAAUGAUCUGUAUAAAUAGAUCCGUUUCUUGAAGAGAUGAAAAUGUAUACAUUUUUGUCAUAUAAUUUAGUUAUCAUAUUUAAAAGCAAUUAAAAGCAGAUAAAUGCUUUGGUUAUCUAAAAACAAAGGUAAGAAGUCAACUUGCUAUAUUUAUUCUUCUGUGUUUAAUACUAUA